UCAUUCUCCAGUGUGUUGCUCAGGCCAGUUCCCCACCAUUCAAGCACUGGGCCUUGCAGUGCUUCCCAUGGGGUUUCUCUCAUUCCAGAUGGGAUUCCCAGAUGAGCAGCCCAUCCCAUCUUUGUCCCAGAUCCCACAUUUGCCAUCCUUCUGGAUGCAUCAACAACUAGGUUUCCUCUUUGUGAUGGCAGUUAACAGUGACUAAUUCCACUCUGUGUGUGAUGGGGUGUCCACACCACGCACGGCAGAGCAGGCUGCACCUUCGGGAGAGCACAGGAUUGAAAGGUUGAUUGAUGAUGGAGCCCAGCUGAGAAGGAACAGGUAGGCUGGUAUAAAGCCAGGAAGUUCACAGCAGAAAGGGGCUUCAGGGGAAGUAGUCCGCAAUCACCCCCUGGGAGAAGGGAGUUUGGGCUGGUAAACCUGGAGGAGUCAGAAGAUGUAGGAAGGAGUCCAGGGCAAUAGCAGCAGGGUCUGGGAGAAAGCAGACCAUAAUUGCUAGACAUAGGGUCCCUGGACUGGAUCCUGGAGUAGAGGGUGGGCCCGGGUUGGAAGUGGUUCAGACUGGACAGUGGAGCAGAAGACUGUCUGGGAGUGUUGUCCAAUAGGACUUUGAAACCGCAGAAUGGGAGAACUGUAAUGACCUGGCCUGAGGGCCAAGCCAUGAAGAGAGAGCCUCCUGAGUCACAAAGAGAGAGGGAGGGAGGUGGCAAGGUGUGUGAAUGAGUGGCAGCAGUGGGUGUUGGACCCAGAAGGAGCUGGUCCUCAGAGAAGCCAGGAAGAGGUGCACUAGUAGUGAGUGGACCCUGUGACACCUUGCCCUUUCCCAUAGUCCUGGCCCCUGUCAUCAGCUGGGACGUGGAAAACAUUAGUUCUCCCAUCCAUCAGCAAACAUUCUUUAGCAUCUAAUGUUCAAGUUAAUGCUUAAUUUCAUAGCAACCUUUGUAACUAAUAGGCUACUAGAGAGAAUCAGUGUGAAUCAUGGAUAGACACGGGUACAGAGACUUUAUUCCAACAGCAGCACAAGCCUGGGGCUGCUGACACCUUCCCACCAGCCUCCUGCCAUCCUCGAGCUUUAGAUGGUGAAAGGCACUGGAUGGACAGCCCUGGUGACCAAUGACUCUGGGUCUUCACAGCAUGGACAGUGGCAGCACAAGCAUCUUCCAUAUUCCCAGCCAUUGUGCCUCACCCCUGGCCUGGAGAAAGGAGAGUUUGGUCUGCAUGGCCCAUUCAGUUCUUAGCCUAUCUUCUGUAGUGGUUAGCCACUGGGAACUGGAUCAGCACCACCAAAUAGCAGAAUGAUGGUGCCGACUUUCAGCUGCUGAAAUCCAGGAACAGAUUAGAACCAGCAUUAUUAGGCCAUGUCUUUAAGGGUGUGUCACUCUGGGAGAAGUGUGUGGCCAUAGCUCCCUGAGAAAUGGGCUGUGCCCCUUUUCUGUGGGCCCAGGCAUGUAAGCUGAGGGCCUGGUGCUGAACAUAAACUGGGGUGAAUCUCUGCUAACGAUUCCCACCCAUCCCGAAAGAGUUUUGUCGGGAACGCUAUUUCAAGAGAGAGAUGCUUUUAUGGGAAGGAAGAAGCUGUGGUGUUGUGAGAUACGGGCCAGGUCUACACUAGAAAUGUUUGCCUAGCCAAUGAUGUUGUGGGCGGGGCCUAAUUUUUACCACAUUUCUGCAUGGUCCAAGCCAAGACACUGGGAACAGAACCCAGGUCCAGAGCUGACUUGCCCCAAAGUUUGGGGCUGUCCUCUGACCGAUGGUGUAUCUGUUUGUAAAACAGCUGUGGUGUCUGCAGACCUGAAAUGCCCAUGUUGAGCCUGUCAGUAUAAUGUCUAGUCCUGAGACAAGCAUGACCCCAAAUGGAGUAUGCGUUUGGAACUACUCAAGGUUGUAGCUUUGCCUAUGCAAUGCACUGUUCUGUUUGCUCCUUGGGGGUCCCCCUGGGGAAGCCAACUCUAUGUAGCUGCCUCUUGAGUCGGGGAGGGUGUCUGAGAUCUAUGAGACCUAUGGGGAAAUGUUCCACCUCUUGUUGUUGGGUGAUCUGGGACUUGGGAUCACUGCGUUGUGUUCCCAGCUCUGCAUCGCCUUGGACAAGUCAGCAAAGAGCCUGCCACGCAAUCCUUGCUUCAUAAAAAAGGAGUGAAAGGCUCAGCCCUAUUCGCCAGGCCUUAGUUUCCCUGUCUAUAAAAGGAGGGUGUAAGUUGAUGUCUGUAGCACGCUGAGGACCCUGGGAGGGAAGCACAAAGUGCUGUUAUUUAAGGAGCAGUAAAUGCCUCCCAUACUUACUAAGGAGGACUGCAGCCUGCUGGUCCCACAUCUGCCAUCCCACAAAGAUCCCACUGUCCAGAAUAUGGCACACGCACCACUAAACAUUUGGAGCAAUAACACAGCUCUGAUCUCAUCAGCAUGGACCUCCUGCCAAGUUAGCAGCUGGGGUAGAGGAAAGUAAUCAGUGUCUGUAAUAACCUCAGCCAGUCCCCACUGGCUCAAGGUGAAAGGCAGCUGGAGCAAUAGCCUAAGAAUAGGUCCGUCUAAGGCCAUUUGUGCCUUCUUUGUUCUCAUGGCAUGACACUGACAUAUCUCUGCACUCUCCUCUCCCACACAGAUACCCUGGAGCAGCGGCUCUUUGCCCGCUGCUGUCGCUUGGCUCUGAGAAGCAGCAAUGCCCAUGAGCUUUGCCUGCCUACUUUAAAGACAUUCCCCCACCUCCAAUCACUGGCUCUAAAGGCAUGAAGGUUUUGUGGGCACCAAGAUCCAGACUUGAACACAGUCAUUUUCUAGGGUCUAAAAUAUCCAGGUACCUUUUGUUAUUUCUUUUUCUGCCUAUCCAGAUUCCAUCCUCUGUAACAGGAAGUGCCAUGGAACAACCUCUUAUCCAGAAAUGGCCAGUGCAGAGUUCAGCAUGUGUCUGAGGUUUAGGGCUGUUCUGACUGGAUUUGGAAAAGUCUGCUGGGCCCGAACCAAAACCCCAGAUCCAAACACCCACUGCUUUGUGGAACGUUGCAUCUGGGGGGGAUCUACUUCCAAACCAGAACCACCUGCCCAAUGAAUGUACACCACACACAGAUCUAAGAGCCUCUGACUGGGGGCGCUCCAGUGGGCUGACACAUCAGAGAGUACAAGAGCAGGCGCAGAUACAUUGGCUCAGCAGGAUGGUGCUUCCUAUCAGACUUGAUGAGCUAAUUAGUGCAAUCUGUAAUUCAGUCCAUUUAUGAACUAGUCAGUUAUACUGUAACUCAGCUCUCUAAUGUUUUCACAAAAGAACUGUGAAAAACCGAUACAUUUAGGAAAGGCAGAUCAUUCCCCUGUGAUGCCAAGCAUAAUUAAUGGAGUUAAUAUAUUAUCUUUAAAAACACAGCUCUCAUUUCUUUCACAAUCAGCAGCCAAUAGCUGUGGUUAUAGAUUGACUCCAUGAACAAUGUCGGGUGUAUUGACUAAAGUCCUCCCCACGACCAUAAAAAAGCGUCACUCUACAAAGUCCCCUUGGAAAUCCCAGUGGCACUCUGCAGGAGAAUGGGGAACAGUUCGGAAGAUUUGUCUCAAACCAAGAAUGGAAAUGCAGCUUCCACUUGGCACGAGGGGACCCCCGAAAUCAUCACCGAGAAUUCGUAUGGGAAGGAGCUGGAGAGCGAGGACAAGCACCAAGCCACAGACACAGGGAGGGAGCAGAAAGAAUUCGACAUGAUCUAUAAAAUUGAAGACGUGCCCCCAUGGUACCUCUGCAUCCUGCUUGGCUUUCAGCACUACCUGACCUGUUUCAGCGGGACGAUUGCCGUCCCCUUUCUCCUGGCAGAGUCCCUGUGUGUGGGAAAGGACCAAUACACAGUCAGCCAGCUCAUUGGCACCAUCUUCACCUGCGUCGGGAUCACCACACUGAUCCAGACCACACUGGGGAUCCGACUCCCCCUGUUUCAAGCAAGCGCACUCGCCUUUCUGGUUCCUGCCAAGUCCAUCCUGGCCCUGGAGAAAUGGAAAUGUCCCCCAGAAGAGGAGAUCUACGGCAAUUGGACGUUACCUCUGAACACAUCUCACGUGUGGCACCCAAGGAUGAGAGAAAUCCAAGGGGCGAUCAUCGUGUCCAGCCUGGUGGAAGUGGUGAUCGGGCUUGUGGGGCUGCCAGGAGCGCUGCUCAGCUACAUUGGACCUCUCACCGUCACUCCACCGUCUCCCCUGAUAGGACUGUCAGUCUUCCAAGCUGCGGGGGAUCGCGCAGGAUCUCACUGGGGCAUUGCAGCACUAUCCAUUUUUCUGAUUGUUUUAUUUGCCCAGUACCUGCGAAAUGCGACCUUUCGGCUGCCUGGGUACAAAUGGGGGAAAGGCUGUAUUGUGUUCAGGCUACAGAUCUUCAAAAUGUUCCCGAUCAUCCUGGCCAUCAUGGUGGUGUGGCUGUUGUGCUAUAUUUUAACACUGACGGAAGUUUUCCCACGUGAUACUGAGGCAUAUGGCUACAAGGCCAGGUACAGAUGCCAGGGGAAAAUCAUGUCAAUUGCACCCUGGUUCCGGCUACCAUAUCCUUGUCAGUGGGGCUUGCCCACCGUGACGGCAGCAGCUGUGUUAGGGAUGUUCAGCGCUACCCUGGCUGGCAUUAUCGAGUCCAUCGGGGAUUACUACGCCUGCGCCAGGCUGGCAGGGGCUCCAGCACCACCCAUCCACGCUAUUAAUAGAGGCAUUUUUACAGAUGGGAUCUCCUGUAUCAUAGCUGGGCUGCUGGGAACGGGCAACGGCUCCACAUCCUCGAGUCCCAACAUCGGCGUCUUGGGCAUCACAAAGGUGGGAAGCAGAAGAGUGGUGCAAUAUGGAGCUGGCAUCAUGCUUGUUUUGGGAACCAUCGGCAAGUUCACGGCUCUGUUUGCCUCACUUCCUGACCCUAUCCUCGGAGGGAUGUUCUGUACAUUAUUCGGAAUGAUCACAGCUGUUGGCCUUUCCAACCUGCAGUUCGUUGACAUGAACUCCUCCCGCAAUCUUUUCAUUCUGGGAUUCGCAAUGUUUUUUGGGCUGACAUUGCCAAACUACUUGGAUUCACGCCCCAAUGCCAUUAACACAGGUGUUCCUGAAGUCGAUCAAAUAUUAACAGUGCUAUUAACAACGGAAAUGUUUGUUGGGGGUGGCAUUGCCUUCAUAUUGGACAACACCAUUCCAGGGACACAGGAGGAGCGUGGCCUGGUUCAGUGGAAGGCCGGAGCACAUGCAGACAGAACCACAGCUGCAAAUUUGAAAAGCUAUGAUUUUCCAUUUGGAAUGAGCGUGGUAAAAAGGAUUCAGUGGUUGACAUAUGUGCCAGUAUGCCCUGUUUUCAAGGGAUUUAAUUCAAGAAUGAAAAGGAAUUGUGACACAAUGGAAAAUGCACAAGAGAACACAGACAACCUGUUCAUAUGUACUAAGUGGAGAGAACUGCCCCUUAUUUGCUUAACUAGUCCUGCAGCAUAACCCUGGAAAAGUUUAUGUUGGAUAGCUCUGCUACCCGACCAUCUUUCCUAUUGCCUGUUACACUGAGUGUAAAACUACCUUGGCCUUUGCCACACUGAUAUUUAAUGGACAAUUAAUAGUUAAGAUUUUUGCCAGGCGGGUGUUAGAAUUCUUGAUCUGUCAUGCAUGGAGUCCCAUUAACACCUACCUGAAUCCCUGAUCCAAUGGGCUGAGGUUCAGAACCUUUUGUUAGCACAGGCUCUGAUGGAUAGCAUCCAUGUAGCGAUGACCUCCGUACUCAGCAGUUCAUGACCAGAGUAAGCAGCGUUUUUCCAUCUUGUGAAGAAAGUUCUGCUAGACAAAUGAUGCACCAACAACAGCUGAGCAACUACCUAACUUUCAAUAGUUUGCAUAAGUAUUAUUAGAUCUUAAAUAACUUAAUUAUGCCCAAAGAUGAACAGACAAGCUCAUUUUCUGAGCUGCCUUGGCUCUGCAGGGCUAAGAGAAGUAAACAUGAGAAAAUUGACUCUGAACACAGGAUCAUAUCAGUUGAAUAUUGCCCUUGUGCCCAGUCACUUUCCAGAAUUGCCUAGUAGGAAAUUUCUGCAAGAAAUCACUACCAAGUCAUACCUGUGAACGCAUGUCCCUAGGAAAUGGAAUGCACAAGCACUGCAGCUUGACUGGACUGAAUAUGGGUAUGUUUAACGCAAAGGUGAUCCCUCCCUGGACCCUGAUGAAUUGCCCUGUUAACACCAAAAUGCAGCUUGUGACUGGAUAUGCAAGUGUCCCUGAGCUCCCUUGCUGAUGAG